UUUAGUGUGAUGUUCGAUUAACAGUGAAUUGACAUGGCGGAUGCAACACUGAAACCUCGCCGAGGCAACAACCCGUCGUCCAACAAGGGCAGGCAGCCAAAGGGCGGCAGAGGCGGAGACCGCCAUGCACCUUCAUCUGGACUGUCUUCCCGCGCUGCUGCUGUCACCCCCGCGGCACCGACCAUCCAUCGGCCGCCGCAUGUGAGUACGACCAUUUUCACGCCAGACAUGCCGCGGCAGCAAUUGUUGUUCGCGUCGUCGACCGCCCCGCAAAAGCUGUACGAGCCAUCGUCGUCUCCUGCCUCGCCACUUGCACCCAUGUUCCCUCGACCCCACGCCACGAGUAUGAACAGAGGCAAGGCCUCUCCAACCGUCCCAUCCUUUGACACAACGCCUUCAUCCCGCACGACGGGGAACACGUCGCUCUACCUUGCACCCGACACACAUGAGGCCACAGCUUCAUCGCUCCGUCGCUGGAAACUCGUGAGUCCACAAUUGCAGUUUAUCGUCCCGGACGCAGUGCCAGGUCCAUGGAGCGACAUGACCCAGUUCCAUGCGAUCGCAUGUGUGGGCUUGGAAGGCGUCGGUAAAUCCACCAUCCUGUCCAUGCUCUGCGGCCACGACCGCCGCAACGCUGCCCCGACCAACACUCCUUGGUUUCCAAUUCAAUCCAAUGAUUCCGUCCUGCACAGCACCCACGAAACCAACGGCAUCGACAUGUGCAUCACACGGGACCACGUGGUGUUUCUCGACUGCCAGCCCCUCCUUAGCACGUCGAUGAUGGCAGAGUUGGCCCAACACCACGAGACGCCCAAGUAUGGCGCCCUGGCCCUGGACCAGCAGAUCCAGCUCACGUCGCUACACUUGUUGGUGUAUUUGCUCUCCGUAUGUCAUUACGUGGUGGUAGUGUACGACCGAUUGGACGACCCAGAACUAUGGCAGCUCAUUCAGUUGGCCCAAUUGAUCAAGGCCCGAUACGAUGCGGCAGGGGACGCUACCACUAUCACUCCUACUUAUUCAAAUCCCACAUCCAAAUUCAUUUUCGUGGCCAACAAGAUGGCUCCUUUGACACCGAGCCAACUCGAGCGACACCGCCAACACCUUGGCCAUGUGAUUGGAAUUCCUACUUGUCAUGACGAUAAUGAUCAUACCAGUGCAGCAGCACAUGCAGACGGCGAUGACGUCGACGCCGUUCCCAUCUUCUGCCUGCCGCCCUUCUCGGCGACGGCAUCGGAUGCACAUGCCGCGGAAGCAUUGCGGGCACAUGUGGCCCUAUUGACAGCCCGCCUUCCUGCCGCCGCUUCGACCGAGCCCGUCAUGACGUUCCAGGACUGGCUCGCCCACGGAAGUCGCUUGUUUGAGAGCAUUCGAAAGUCCACACCCAUGGUUGACUAUGCCAGGUUGCUGCAAAACAUCGCCUCGUCCAAGGGUUAACAUGUAGUUAUUGGUCCAGUUUUGAAGAAUACUAAAAGUCCUCGCAGGUCUCGA